AUGGCAAGCUACCGCUUCCUCGUCCAGAAGCUGUUCAGAUCCUUCAAGGGCUGCGAGUUCCUCCACGUCCCGCGCGCGGAGAACGAAGCAGCCGACACGCUCGCCAAGAUCGCCUCGUCACGACAAGCCAUCCCAUCCGACGUCUCCCUCGAGCACCUACGCGAGCCGUCCGUCAAGCCAUCGCCGGACUCCGACAAGAAGAUCAAGCCCCUCGCGUUCCGUGAGGGCGACCUCGUCCUCCGACUCGUCCAAGAGCAGGCAGGCCAGCACAAGCUGUCCCCUCCAUGGGAGGGCCCAUUCAUCGUAAGCAGGGCAUUGCGCGACCGCAACGCCUACUACCUCAUCGAUGCACGCAAGUCAAGUAAGCGCAAGAAGGACACCGUCGGUGAAGAAACGACCCGGCCAUGGAACGCGGAACUCCUCCGCCUGUUUUACAGUUAG